AUGGUGAUUGAAAGAGGGCCGCCAACGGGAGCUGAAGGUGGGUCAACAUCUUACUGUGUUCGCAGGAGGAGAGACCUGCAAAGCCUGGUCUCUGCAGUCACAGCCUGCUCUGAUAUCACAGGAGGUGGACCUGUUCUGUUUGGCAUGGACAAAUGCUCCCACCACCAGAAAGUGGGUAAAUCUCAUCUGUGGAGCCUGAAGGGUCGUUGCCAUGGCCCUAAUGCCCUUAGAGAGGUAGGUGGCCUGAGGAUGAUUGAAGAGGAGUCCUGUCAACUUGCGCUAUUAAUUUUAUUGAGGCCUGAAUCUCAAAUCUUGGGCCCACUGGUUGGUUGCAUAUGUUACAAGCUGCCCUUGUCAGAGACGCUGAGGUACAUCGAGAUGGCAGAGAGUGACAUUGUGCCUGGCGGGCAGAGACUGAGGUUACGUGAGCGAAGGAGUACCGCAGGCCCCAGUGCAGAUCGUAAGGAGACCAGGGGUUGGGGUUCAGCCGGGCAGUGGGAGGAUGAUGUCUGCUUGGCCUCCUCCAAAAAUCAGCCUGGUCCCGGUGCCCCAGCCCUCCCGACCGAUCAGCUAUUCCAGACAUGCGCGAGGUCAUUGGGCAGAGCUGCCAUCCCACAGGCAGAAGGCCGAGAUUGCCCAGAUCCAGGAGUAGGCCGGGAACACAGACAGGCCCAGAAGGACAGAGGACCAAGAUGCACCUACUUAACAGAUAGUGUCCUGGGCUACCAGGAGCCUCCAGUCGACAGAGAGGGGAAAGCCCCCAAACAGGGCACCAAUCCAGGAUUAACGGGUAGGGAAUGGCCAGGAAUGAUCAGCUUGGGAGAUGUGCCUUGGCCAACCAGGGAGAAGCCUCCUCUGAAACUUACUGCCAAGACCUGGAGGCCUCCGAAAGGGUUCUGGAAAGUUCUCCGAAGGGAAACCGCACCUUUGGGCAAAAGACCGGGUACCUUUCAUGAUGUGAUUGCCCAGGAGAAGACCGGGAAUGCCAACACCUCAGAGCAUCUAAGCAGCCACAGCAGCGUCGGCUCGAGGGCUACGCCAGAGGGGUGGCCAGGGGCCGACGUUUUGCAGAGGUCUGCCACCGGGCCAGAGAAAUGGAGUGCAUGCAGGCUGGGCCAGCUGGAGGCACUUUGGAAGACGGACAGCUGGGAGAGUGUGGGCAGUCACCCUGGCCUAAUGUCGCUGAGCGAACGGGUGGAGAUGAACCGCUUCCUCCUGAAGAAAAUGCUGAAGACAGCUGACUGGCUCGAAGGUCAGUCCCAGGAGGUCUCCACAGCCCACAUCUGCCAACGUGAACCCCUCCUGCUGGCAGACCACAACUUCCCUGGAAAUGAACUCAUCAAGCAAGGCUGCGGGACGGUACAGAGCGACAGUGACUGGGACUCCGGCAUUUCUCUACAAGAAUCUGAGCACGGUGUGAGAACCUUUGUGUCGCCUGGCCAGCUGCCCCUGAGUCGCAGACACGAGCAGGCAAAGCUGCUACUCGAGAGAGCUCGAAUGAAGGCCCGAGCCAGUCCUCUGAAAGCAGAUCACAGCAUUCUACCCAUCGAGCGGAGCCCUCAGGAUGCCCAUGUGGAUGGCAGCUCGCCACCAAAGAGGGGGCCCACCUCCAGAGAGUGGUCCUGUCUAGGCGCCCCCGGUGGCAAACCCCAUCACGGAGGGUGGGAAAAAUGGAGCCAAUCGCCGAGCCGCGUGAGGUUUGAGGACGAGUCGAUCCAGGAGGCUGAGGACUGCUACCAGCUGCAGAGAAGAUGCCGGGCUGAGCCCUCGGGCCACCGGGUGACUAGGGACCUGCCUGGCCUCCCAGCCUAUCGAUUGCCCAGGAAGGAGGGCUUGCUGAGGGUCGACGUGGAAGACGCUGUUAAAGCACGUGGCAAAGCUCCCCGGCCACGGGGCAAUGCUGUCCCACACGCCAGCAGUGAGAUACCAGCUGGUGCAGCGUCUCUCCCCCCUUCUCUCCCCGCCUUCUGCAUUGACGGUAAGUGUAGCUCUUGUGGCUUCUACAUCAUUUCAGAGCCGGCGGUGGGUGGGCUUGAGCCCCCUUCCUAUGAAUUUCCGGAUCCCAGGCUCAGAGCCCUGGGUGAGGAGGUCUACCUCCCCGGUCAGCUGGAAAUUCCCCGGGAUCCUGUGCCCAGCCUGAGUGUGGGGCCUGGAGAUGUGGUUUCCUCGCUGACUCCCAGAACCAUACCUUGUGGGGCUCUUCUGUCAGGGCCAAGGAUCACAAUCGAGCCCAUUAGGGAGACCUACAUUGGCGAUGUGACUUCCAUCGAUGACAUCCCUGUGAUUGGCGUGACUGCUUGCAGCCCAGGCGACACAGAAAGGGAGGAUUGUAAAGGCACGAGAGUCACAUCAUGCUACCACGUUGUCGUGUCAGGCAGCGAGGGACGGAGAGCAGGAAAUGUCGGAGCCCCUGCCCCUCACAUAGACUCGCCAAAGAGUGACCUUGGGGAGAACGGUGCCCCCUCCGAUCCUCGGACAGCCCCGGCCGAUUGUGGGUCAGGGUCCAGAGCGGAGAUGGAGGAGAGGGGGAGAGUCUGUGGCCAGCAGUGCUGUGGAGUUGAGAGCACUGGCCGACUGGGACGGUGUGCUGAUUCCAGUGUUUGUGUGCCAGGGGUCAGUCCUGAAGCAGACCUAAACUCAGAACAGGUUCUGGAGAUGCACUCCCUUUACAAGAAGAAGCAACAGCAACUGCCCCAUCCUGCAUCACCAUGCCCAGUAGGGAGGCCCGAUCACAGCCCUGACCAGAGCCAGGGGGUCUCCAGCUUGUCGUGCCUGCCCCUUCCUCUGGAAAGUGGCAUGAGGGGUCUUGGAAACGGGCAGGGAGAGGAGGCCCGAGGUGGACCUAGGGAACCUGAGACAAACCCCGCGCUCCCCCCAAACCUCCCAGUUAAGGGUUGCAGCCGGCACCCGUCACUGAAGAGGCCGCCGGGCAGCAAAGAUAAGCCAGGCUCAUGCCAGCAGGGCAGAGUGCUGCUCACCGACACAGACAGCCACAUCACACACCCUGGCAGCUGCCCAUCUCCACAGGGUGAUGCAGGGAGACCGCCCGACACCCCAUCCCUUCUAGAAGCUUCUUCCCUUCACCCUCAGCGACAGGUGCCACGUGACCACACAUGGGCCUCGUGCCCUUCAGAACCCGGUGCCCACCCACUGCCUGAUUCAGACCCUCCCUGCCUGAGGGACCCACUGGCCGAUAGCUCAGGCCAGAGCUUGGGAAGACGGACCCCCAGCAUGGGGAGACUCUCCAUGGCGACCCAUUGGCCCAUGAAUCCAAACAGCGGGCUCUCCCCCUCUGAGUACGAUGGGUCUAUCGAAGUCAGCAAAACUGGGAAUAGUUGGAGCAGUGUUGAUGUUGAGGGAAUGUCCACAUCCAAGAAGACUGCUGAGAAAGACCUCAGUAAAACAGGUAAGUGGACAACCCAUAUCCUAUCUGAGAGCUUAGGCCUGUGGAAUGGUCGCGUGCAGGAUAUUGUGGUCAGUGUGGUCAGCGCCGGAGUUUGGAUAUUGUUCAGGAAUGGUCUCCUCGGUUCAAAGUCUGUACUUAUUCCACACGGAGGUCAUUGGGAGGCAUGGGGAGAAUGUGAGAACAUGGUGUGGCAUAGAUCCGUGUGGAUGGUGAUGGUUAAGGCAGCCUACAUGCUGUUGCAGUUCCUCUCUAUUUUAGCAGAACGGAAGCUCCCAAAGGUGAGGAUAUGGCCCCGCGACAACACUGAUAGACCGGAGGAGCCAAAUCCAGCCGGAGCUUCAGAUCUUCGGGAGUGUCAGGGAUUGGCACAGCCUCCUGAGGCAGAUCCCGCUGCCUAUCAGUCCGGGAACAGGCCAUACGUCUGCAGAAAGAGUCCUGCCCACCACUCGACCAGCUGUGCUUCAGAGGACAACCAAGUGUUAAUAGACCCCGGCUACAGCCCUGAAUCUUGGCGUGUUACUGAGAGCCAGCAGAGACCACGCUCCGCCCUGAAGGCCUAUUUCUCUUCCAUUGGCCACAGUGCCGUCAGGAAACUAAGCAAGCUCCGCUCGGCCAGUAUGGAGCAGCUUAGCCCCCCGUCAGCGAACCCUCAGCCUGCAGUGAAGAGCAGCGAGGAGAUUGAAGCAAGGCUGAGGAAGAAUCCUUCUCUCCAGUCUCUCCAGCUGGCGUCCCCAUUGGCACAUCUGAGGAAAGCUAUCUCUUUCCAAUCUCUUCGCCCCCAGGCACGAAGAAAUCGUUCCAGUUCCUACCUGGUGCAGGAGGUGCCAGAGGCUGGCUUGGGAAGGAGUGAGGCCCAGCCUCCUGGCAGCAGCCCAGUGAUGGCUCUCCAUGGAGGAGACUUUGCUCCAGCCAGAUACCCGACACUCAUUGGCCAAGUGACGCAGAGAUUCGCUGAUGCCAGCUUCAUUCUUGAACUCUCCAAACCAGCAGGGGCGCUGUUUGGGUUUCAUAUCUCCAGAUUGGGUGGACGUAUAUUUAUUCACCAGUUGGCAGAUCAGAAUGCUGAGAAACUGUACACUGGAUUGCUGGAAGUGGGGGAUGAAAUUCUGGAGGUGAAUGGGGAAAGUGUUGAGGAUCUGAGCUUCACUGAGGUGAACAACCUGAUUCUGGAGCACAGUACAGUGUACAUUUGGAUCAGAAGGCAUAAUGGGACUAGACAGUCACAUCAGCAGUAAUGGCCAUUGGCCUGAGAUUUGAAUUCUGUCCAAGCACAGCACUUUCAGGAUUUACACACACUCCAAAACUUAUCCACCUGAAUCCUUGUACCCAGAAAAUGGGCUUGGGACUGUAAUAAGUUGCCAGUUGGGUGCCUAUCAAAGUCUGGGGUCCUGCAUGUUUACAUACAGCGUUACUGGGAAAGAUAAGGUGGCUUCAAAAUUUGAAACAAUUCCGAAUGCAUCUGCUUUCCACAACCUGUUGUCACCUCAGGAGGGGUCCUGAAUUCAUAUCGAUGUUAAGCAUUCUUAUCAUUCAAUGUCCGAUGUGGCAUAUUGAAUCUCCUCACUGGGGUAACUGUUGAAUCUACUUUUCCCAAGGUCUGAUUAGUUGGAACGUUCCUCAAUAUCUGAUUGGUUGGACAGUCCUGCUGACCCUCAGUAUUGAUCUGCACCUUCACAUUCUGCAGGAAUUGCGCUUUGUAUUAAAACUGAGAUUGAUCCUUUGCUCUCCCAACCAAGCCAUUCCCUGAUGUCGGGGAGUUUAAUAAGCCCGUGUACUGAGAACUGCAAACACAGCUUGAACCAGAUUUGUAUCUUCGUCACAAUGUACAGAACAAUGGACAUGAAUGAUAAAAUAAACUGGACUACUGGACCAAGGUAAUAUGGUCUUGCUCUGUCAGAAGGUAGCUUCCAGACACUAGCAAACCAUCACCAUACCAGCCUUCUUAAACUAAGAGAACUCUGAGGCUUUAUUCCUUCAUCCAGCAGCAGUUCCAAUUUCAGUGGCUUCAUCGCAGAGACUGCAUCGUCCUUGUCAGUAAUAUUUUAUAAAUCUUUAACACAGAAACAAAACUCAUAAAAUAAAUUUGCCAUUUAUUUAA